CAAUUAACCUUUAAAAAACGUGUUUAUUAAAUGUUCGGCUGAACCAUUAAACACACAACUCCCAUGUGUUUGAUAUGUAGGACAUUUUGACUUUUAAAGUCUGUAUUUGUUGCAUUGCAGAACAAGAGUGCAAGAUAAUUGUAUAAAGAUAUGGGAAUUAAUAAUAAUUCAAUGGAAGAAAUUACAACUUGUUAAAUUGUAAUAAACUUGAUACAAAUGUUAGGAACUGGUUAGAUACUGUUAGGACCUUGUUAGGCUGCUCACCUAAAAGAGAAACAAACAAUGCAGUUCUACGUUAUAUCACACUACAAAUAAAAGCACAUUUGAUUCCUCAUAAUGUGAAUUAAAGCCUUUGUUAAGUUAAUUCUUAUGUGCUACAGCGGUCAAAAUUAUUCAAAUUUUGAAUUAUUUUGCCGCCUGUUUUAAAUUUACGAUACAUAACUUUUCAACUAAUGUGUGAUAAAUAAGCAGACGUAAUAAAACGUGGCUUUGUCUGCGAUCGGCAUUGUGCUCGUGUAAUCAAAUUGUCAUGCGCCUUUUCUCCAGUCAUUACUGUGACAGCGCAUCGACAUGCGCCACCGUGACAACAGCAGCCUCAGCAGCAGCUAGAGAGCAGUGUAGUUCAGUGUUGUGUUAUGAUGCAUUUCACUGACUCUGGGUCUUGAAUCGAGCUCGAAUUCCCAGGUGUGGUCGCCGAAUACAACUCGAUACUCUGAGAGCGUAAAAGGUGCGUCGAUGGUUGGUCGCGUCUGCAGCCCCCCAGCGUUAGCAGUGGGCUAGAAAUGUAGGUUAGGGUCCUGGCUGAAAACGGCUGAGGACAGAAAUAACCAGCAGCUCUGCAGAAAGAGCACAGCCAUCUCCGGAGAGCCUGAAUUCGGAGCCCGUUCGUGUACAGUCGUGGACCUGGAAUGCAUCUCUCCAAGAAGUGCUCGGCCUUCAAAGUGGUGCUCAGCGCUCUGCUGAUAGUGGCGCUCCUGCAGCUCCUCUACCUCUCCUUUCUGUCCAAGUUCCACGGUAAGCAGCAGCGGUACCGGUACUCUGAGCUCUUCGGUGGAACCGGGGGCAAAAGAAAUGCUCAGGCGGACAAAAAUACGCGGAAGGAGAGGCUAAGAUAUUCCCUGUCCUCCGGGGGCAUCUUCGACCACAGCGGUCAGUACCGCAUUUACAAGAACCUGAUUAAAAGCGAUUUUACCGCAAAUCAGAGGCCAGGGUCAGCGGAACCGAGCUCCAAUGUUCUAGCCUUAGCCACUCACACAACCAUCAACAACCUGCACCACCUGGACUCUCUCCUGGAGCGGUGGCAGAACCCUUUGUCAGUGGCCAUAUUCGCACACGGGCAGGAUGUGAAGUUUGCCACAGCUUUGGUGUACGCACUCAGCUUCUUCUGUCCUCAGAUCCAAAGCCUGGUGGACUUCCACUUGGUGUGUCUCUCUGGAGAGAUGGCCAGUUUCCCAGAGCAGGACCAUGAGCACUUCGCAGGGCUGGAGGAUUGCAGCUCGGUGUUCUCCAGGCUGGAGACCUACAGAGACAAACACAAGAACUAUGCCAUCAGCGGGAACAUCUCAUAUCCCAACAACCUCUUACGUAAUGUUGCCAGAGGGGGAACUGACUCCUCCUACAUCCUGGUCAUUGACAUUGACAUGAUGCCAAGCGUUGACCUGCACCGGCAGUUCCUAGCCAUGGUAUCAAACCGAGAGCCAGCAAACGAUGAGGUCUUUGUGUUGCCUGCCUUCGAGAUCCGCCACGCCAGGAAAAUGCCGGGCACCAAGCCAGAGUUGGUUCAGCUCUACCAGGUGGGCGAGGUACGACCGUUUUACGAGGAGCUGUGUCCUCGAUGCCAAGCUCCAACCAACUACUCCCAGUGGGUCAACAGUCACGUCAGGGGGACAGUCGCCCUAGAAGUCUCCUACACCCUCACUUGGGUGGACCCCUGGGAGCCCUUCUACAUCGGACCCCGAAGUGUGCCUCUUUAUGAUGAGAAUUUCAAACAGUAUGGCUUCAACCGCAUCAGCCAGGCCUGUGAGCUCCAUGUAGCAGGGUACAGGUUCUCGGUGUUGAGCUCAGCCUUCGUGGUCCACAGAGGCUUCAAGAUCCAGGGGGAGUUCCACGCCAAGAAGGACGAGGAGAACAAACACAACCGUGUCCUGUUUCGCAGUUUCAAGGAGGGCCUGAAAACCAAAUAUCCAUCCUCCACCAGAAGAUGCUGAGGGGAAACAAAAACACAUGAUCAAGGACUUCACAUUUACCAGCAUCCAUCUGUAACGAUGGAUCCCCUCAGGCUCCAUCUGCUCCAAACACCAACAAUGUUUCCAUGUUUUCAUCUGAAUUCUAGGUAGCAUUUGAUCAACUGCAUAUCAAGAUGAAUUUGAGGUAGAUUCUGGCUUAGGCUUACUUCCAGGUAACUGUGGUCUCCUAAAUCUGAGUGUCCUCGCUCUGCUGUACUAAAGAAAAUGUAAGGUUCCACACUGAGCUUCUUCCUUUUGGUGCUGUCAUUUUAGGACAUUACCUUUUAUAGUUAGGUUUGUUCAAAAAGGAAUAAAUUAAAAUUCUUUCGGUUCCUCAGUACAACCUCGGACUAUUACACUUCCAAAAAAAUACCAGUAUAUUCAUACAUGUUGGACUGGAGUGAUCUGAUUAUGCUAAUGAUGAACAUGCGGUGAGGCUUUCUUAGUCAGAUGCACCCACAGUCUCCAGACCUAAAGGCUCCAAACGACUGACUUUGUGAUUGGGUCAACAAUCAGGAGACAGAACUGUCAUAACUUUUUUUUUAACUGUUACAAUUAGGAGACAUUGUCCAGACUUCAGAGUGAACAUUUAUGGACCGUGUUUCAGUCAUCGACCUGUUCUGCCACUAGAUGGCGCCCAAACCGUUGAGAGUUUUCAGAGCUUUGCUGCUGUACGGUGUGUGUGUGUCCUGUCUAUUAUAUUUAUAUUCAUGUGAACUACACUGUGAACAGACACAUAUACAGAUAUAACACUGGAAACUUCUAGAACGACAUAGCACACUGCUAAUUUCUUUGUCAUUAUUUUAACUGCAUGGUGGUUGUGACACUUUUAUAUUGUUAUUUAUUUAGAUGACCAUUGAUGGAGUUUUUAAGACAUUUCUUCUUGGUUUCUGAUAUAUUUAUUGUGAAAAAUUAUGUUUUCGUUUGGAGCUAUAUUAGCUAUGUUAAAAUGUAGCACACACACGACUGUGGGAUGGUCCAACACACACUUCUCUAUGGUACAGAACGCUCUGGAGUAUUUUUGUAGCUUUAGAAACAGUGACACAGUUCUAUUUAGUGAUCGUUUUUAACUGUCGACUGAUGAUGACAAUGAUGUGGUGUCUCUUCCCUACUUGAAGACGCAGUUUUGUACGUGUAUUUUUCCCUUCAGUGUUGACUACACAUCUAUACUGCCUGAUUUGUAUUGAUGGAGUUUUUGAAAAUAAAACCAAACCGGUGA